AUGGAGGCUGCACCCGCGGCACCCACUCAUCUCGUCCGCGCACACUCGGCGGACGUGACAGCCCUUUUCUUCUCCGGCGACAAUGAACGCCUGUACUCAGGCGAUGCGUCGGGCCGGGUCGUCGUAACGUCCACGCGGUCGCUGCGUUCCAUCACAUCCUGGGCAGCGCACACCGACAGCGUCCUCGGCGUCGAGGAGUGGGGCAAUCGUAUCGUAACGUCCGUCUGGGUGUAUGCCUUUGCCCUGGAUCUAGACUUGACCCCGUCGGCACGCGUGGGUGGUGCCCCCGGAGCCAGCGCCCCGGACGAUGUCCCCAAACCGUCGUUAUGUUACUCGAUGGAUGUCAACGCGCUCAACUACUGUCGAUUCUCGUUGUUGUCGGUGUCUGACGAGGACGCCCUCAUCGCGCUCCCGAACCUCGUCGAAUCCUCAGAGUUGAACAAGGCACAGGCAGACGUGUGGCGCCUCCCGGCGCGAGAGCGCCUGCAUGCCUCGGUUGGCACGCAGCGCAAAGAGCACAUAUUCUCGACGACGGGGCGUGAGGGGAUGCGCAGUGGGCUCAUCAUGUCCAUGCAUCUGUAUCGGGACGAAACGCGGAAGCUCUGCUUCGUCUGUGCAUAUGAAGAUGGGAGCGUCGUUUUGCGUCGGUUUGUCGGCACUGAGCCCUCGAUCGAGGGACGGGGAUGGGACGUCGUUUGGCACCAAAAACUGCAUGCAGAAGCCAUCAUGGCCAUGCGAGUGUCUCGUGACAACCGAAUCGCGUUGACCGUCUCUGCAGACCACCUGGUCGGUCGAUUUGAAUUAUCUCGAGAUGCGAUCAGCCCGGGCAUGAUACAUCGCACAAAGCAUGCAGGGAAUGCUUGCCUCGCCAUCCGCGAUGAUGGCCGGGUUUGUGCUGUGGGGGGCUGGGACGGAAGAGUUCGAUUAUAUGCGACGAAGAAUCUCAAAGCAUUGGGCACAUUGAAAUACCACAAAUCAGGCUGCCAGGCGGUUGAGUUUGCUCGGUCGGGGGUUUCUGAAGAGCCUGGAGAGGAAGACCCUGAAGAAGAAGAAAUGACUGGAGACGAGCGACAAGCCAGGGAACGCUGGCUUGCGGUUGGAGCCAAAGACCAUCGGCUAUCCUUAUGGCUGCUGGCGAGCUUUGAAAAAAGACCCUGA